AGUAGUGCGCGUGCUGGAAGGUUGGGUGUAUUGUGCUCCCAGUUUGACACUUGAACCAUGGCUGAUAAUUUGGACGAAACCAACGGGGAAGAGAAUGGUUCGGUUCCUGAGAUUGAACUAAUCAUUAAAGCGUCAACCAUCGACGGUCGGCGCAAGGGGGCGUGUCUGUUCUGCCAGGAAUACUUCAUGGAUCUCUACCUGCUGGCGGAGCUGAAGACGAUAAGCCUUAAGGUCACCACCGUCGACAUGCUCAAACCACCGCCUGACUUCAGGUCAAACUUUGAGGCGACACCGCCCCCGAUUCUGAUCGACAGCGGCCUCGCUGUGCUGGAAAAUGACAAGAUCGAGCGGCACAUCAUGAAGAAUAUCCCUGGUGGCCACAACCUCUUCGUGCAGGAUAAGGAAGUCGCUAGCAAAAUAGAGAACGUCUACAGUAAAUUCAAGCUGAUGUUGGUGAAGCGCGACGACGCGUCCCGCAACGUACUGCAGCGUCACCUGCGCGCCAUCAACGACCACCUCGCUCAGCGCGACACGCGUUUCCUUACGGGCGACACCAUGUGCUGCUUCGACUGCGAGCUCAUGCCUAAACUGCAGCACAUCCGCGUCGCAGGCAAGUACUUCGCGGAUUUCGAGAUCAGCCCCGAGCUCACCCACUUGUGGAAAUACCUGCGCAACCAGUACCAGCUGGACGCGUUCAACCAGAGCUGCCCUGCUGAUCAGGACAUCAUCAACCACUACAAGCAACAGCAGGGAGGACGCAUGCAGAAGCAUGAAGAGCUGGAGACGCCCACGUUCACCACCUCCAUACCGGCCGAGCUCGCGUAGACGUUGGGGCAGGCGCUACGUCUAGCAUCUUGGACUUCUAUUUUGGUCUCGGUCCAAUAUUGCCUUAUAAAUUAUAGGAUCCUCAUUCUUAUUUUGGUCUCGGACCAUGAUUGCCUUAUAAAUUACAUGAUCUUCAUUCUUAUUUUGGCCUCGGUCCAAGAUUGCCUUAUAAAUUACAGGAUUUUCAUUCAUAUUUUGGUCUCGGUCCGAGAUUGCCUUAUAAACUACAGGAUCUUCAUUCUUAUUUUAACCUCGGUCUCAAUAUGGCUUUGUAAUGUAACCCGGAUGUCGCUCAUAUCAUCGACCUUAUAGGGUUUCAAGAGUUAUUUUUCUGUAUUAAUUGUAUACAUUAGGUCGUUACAAUAAUUGGCUAUUGAAAUCAAGUGAUUUUUCCGCAAAUUUACUGCUUGUGGGCUGCCAAUGAUAAAAGGAUCAAAUUUGGUUGAUAAUCACUCUUGUUUUUGGAAUUUAUACAGUUUCUUCGUCACAACAUCUUAUUGAAAUUAAUCGUUGUCUCCCUUGUUACUUAAGUUUCGGAUGGAAAGUGAUUGACCUAAAAUGUUAUUUUUAGUUUUACUCUCAUUGGUUUUUCAUAAUUUCGUUGUCUGGUGUCAUUGGUUUCAAGUUUUUCGUUGUCUGGUGAGGGUGAAGUUCAAAUUGUAUUUCUCAUUACAGUAAAGAAUAUAUUUUUUCUCUUGCGUCAUUAGCUGAAAUUAUUGCAGUGUUCUGAAUACAUGAAAUUGUGCCCUCUCUUUUCAAGCAACGCUAAUAUUUGCUAUUGAUGUGGUUGCAAAAGUAGUAUCUAUUUAUUAGAUAACAAGAUUCAUGAUGGUAUUUUCUAAUCUGCAUUUGAAAAAUUUUAGGCCAGAAGAGGAUUAACCUGGAUGAUUUGUAUCCGGAUUAUUCUUUCGAUGACUUUCAUGGGAUAAAUUUGAGAUGUCAUUUUUUUCCGUCUCAUUUAUUUGCUUUGGGAAAGAAUUUUCUUCUCGUACUUCGAAAAAACACAUUCCUCUUGGAUUCUACUUGUAUUGGUUGUUUUUUUUUUCCUCAUUAAGAUGGGUGGCAAUUGUGUCUUUUGAGGAAUAAUGAUAUAGUUAGACUUUUGUAUCAGUUAGUGUAUGAUGAGUGCCUCAGUUCCGCCUGCUACGUCAUGUGUCUGCCAGUGCCUUAGUAUGUAAUCCGGAUUCAUCUUACAUCCCACCUGUUGUUUAUUGUGAUUGGAUUCUUUGUUUCCGCCUUUUUCGUAUUGGUGAACCCAUUGAAUGGAAUUAGAAGCUCCAAAAUAUGUUAAACGAAAGCUUCAGAGGAAUCUUUAAUUGUCAUGUUUAUCGUGCUUCUUGUGCAAUUAAUGACAUCCACUGAUGCAAUUUCUCCUCCAUGAGACGCGAACCUUGUGUGAUAGGAACUCCUUCAACCGAGGCACUUGGUGCCACUAACUCACCUAUAGUGAACUCAUGGUGCCGCAUACUCUGCUUUUUGCUUCCACUUGUUAAGUGAAAAUAAUGGUUGAAUAUCGUCCAAAUCAGAUAUUUGUCAUUUAUUUAACGUCGAUGAUCAUCUGACCGUUUUUUUUUUUUAACUUCCAAAAAUUGUUUGUUUCAUCAUGUCUCUAGCUGCCAUUGAGAAUUUUGUUAUUCAUCAAGAGAUCAAGAAUACGUAUGCUAUUUAUGCUGAGUAAUAAUCAUCUAAUUAGGUACAUAAAAAAUUGUUGUAAUUACGUCUGCUAUGGGACCGUAACCAUUUAGCUUGCUUAACUUUGUAAAAGAUUUAGAGAAUUUUUGAAUGUUCAACGUUCCUAUAUAAACUUUUCUGUUUCCGACCUCCCUUUUUUGUUUUUUAUUAAUUUGAAUUCUUGACUAAAAUCUAUCAUUGUUUUACAUUUUAUUCGAAUUUUCUCUCCAUAACUAAGAAUCCUUCAAUGAACAUAGCCAUUAACAACAUUCAGGUGCAUAAUUUUUCCAUCUUUAUAAACGGAACAAAUUUGUGCUUGAAUGCAACGUAGUAAGAAUAAAACCUUCAAAAAUUAUCAGUGAUGCUCAGUGUUGCGUCUUCGUACUUAUUUUGACCACCUGUUAUGCCGUAAGGUGCAUUCCGUGUGCUCAUUCAAGGUCCAGUUUAGAAUUUCUUAUAAGCCGUAGUGAAUAAAAAAAGAUGGAUCGCUAAGCCUAUGCUUAAGGAUUUAAUGUUUAAUUUUUUCUACUUUUACUGCUGAAUUGAAAUAUUUGAUGAGGAUUAAGGCAUGAUUGAACUUGGAAUUUCGACUUCCGUAAAUUUAAUUUUGUUUAGGGAGUCCUUUCUUUGAAUUUCCGACGUUAGAAAGUUCAGAAAUGUACGUAGCAUGAAAUUGUGUACUACGGUAUCUUUGUUUUUAUUCUUCGAGUGAGUUUAUUAUUGGUUCCGUGUAGUUGAUGAACAAUAUUGAGUGGGUAAUACCAAUUCAGUUAUAUAUUACAAUACAAUGAUAUACAUGGAAACAU